UAAUCACAUAGGAUUCUGAUUUUGUAAUGAAUGCAGGUUUCCUUUAUUUCACUUGUGCUAAUAUCCUGACUGUACUGCCGCUCCGAUGUUGCACCCCUGAGCCCGUAGGAUGUUUUUGGCCGCUUCGUGAUUCCCGUCCUUUGAGAAGUGAACGCCAAUGCGAAGGGUUUGACAAGCAGCCCGCAAAGAGUGAAAAGCACGGAGAGGAAAGUCCAUUUUUUUUCCACGCAUGCUCGGUAUCCCGAGCAAGGCUAAGCUUUUCUGUUACAAUUUAAUAUUUCAUGCACAUUAUGUUCACGUUUACCGUUUUGGGGGAAAAAGGGUUCCUGUAUUCUCUCAGUACAAUAACCGAGCAAAGAAUUUAUUCAGGGCAUACGAUUGCAGUUCGUUUCUUGGCAGUAAAACCAUUACUGUAAGGAAAUAUAUAUUUUUUUAUUUUUUUUCCAGACACUGCUUGGCCACACCUAGAUCCUGUCCUAUUUUAACAAAAAAAGUUUUUUUUUCGUGCGGUAUUUGUUUGUGUCUCCCAGCGAGGACCCGGCUGUGUAAUUCGAUAGGAGCCACUGGAGGGGGAUAAGGGAAUGUGAGGCUGCAAUGGAAAAGAGUGCAAUCCAGUGGUUGGGAGCUCCGUGCUGCCUGCGUGGGUCCUUUGCUUUCUACAAGGGCUUCAGUUGUCCGAGAGAUGCUUUGAAGGAGCCUGAAACCUGGAAAGUUGGAGAGUUCUACUUUGUACGCUGUAGUCCCAAGGAGCCGGUCUGUAUUGCGGAGAUUGCCUUGCUCUGGGAGGACCAGGAGCAGCACUAUCCGCUGGCCAGCUGCAGGCUCUACUUCCUUCCCGAGGACACGCCGAAAGGGAGAAGUCGUGAGCAUGGAGAGGAUGAGGUUUUGGCAGCUUCAAAAAAGAUUGUAGUUCGGGUUGAGGACUUAGUGAAAUGGUCCUGUUCUGAACCGGACACCUUUAAGAAAGAAAAAACAGCAAACUCUGUGGAAAAGCAGCUAAUUGAAGAAACAAAAAGACAACAGGAAACGCUGGACCAAAACCAAGGUCUGGACCCACAGGAUCAUCUAAGUGUGAAAGUCCUGAGUUAUCCUCAAUACUGUCGCUUUCGUUCGCUGAAGAAACGGCUACAAAAUGUUGCACAUUUCCCAGACCUCAGGGACCCAAAACUGUUAGCUCUAGGUGGACUUCGUGUGCCUAAUCAAAAUACAAGAAUCCUUUACUGUAGAGAUACGUUUAAUCACCCAACACUGGAAAGCAACGCUAGUAUCUGGACUGAGUUUGCUUGCUCUCCUCUGGGCUUAAAAGGAAGGCCUCGAAAACGAAGAGGAAGAGAUGGGAAAAGUCUAGAAUCUCAUCAUUUUGGUCAGUCUGAAGCCUGGAUUGAAAGAAUGAAGGAGAAUGUAACAGGAAGUGUUGAAGUACAGUCAGAAUGGCUCCCACUCCCUGAGGAGCAACAGUUCCUUGAUCAAUUACAUCGCUUUAUGGAAAAGAGAAAUACCCCUAUCUGUAAGAUUCCACAUCUGGGAUUUAAGAAGAUUGAUCUCUUUCUUUUGUUUUCUGUUGUUAAAAAAAUGGGUGGAUAUGAAACGGUGACAGCUCAGCGACUUUGGAAACAAGUUUAUAAUGAAUUGGGGGGCAGUCCGGGAAGCACGAGUGCUGCAACCUGCACCAGGAGGCACUACGAAAAAUUAAUCCUCCCAUAUGAUCGACAUUUGAAAGGAGAAGACUUGCCAGCCGUUGAUUCAAAACCACUCAAUGGCCCAUCAGGUGAAGUGAAAGAGAAGAAUGUUAUGAGGCAUGAUGGGGAAUUGUCCCAGAGAGCUAUGCAGACAAGCAGUGCCAUUCCUGAUAAGCCUUCAGAAAUAAAGCGAGAAAGUCCAGCUGAAAUGAGGAGUAACCGGAGGGCAAGGCAGCUCAAGGGAAGGAACAAAACUGCUUCUAGUGAAGUGCCUGCAAACAGCAAGUUAAUCCAGGAAGUCAAGGUCAAACACACUCCAGCAAAACCAGUGAAUUGUGGGCUUCCAGCAUUAUCACCUGAAGGAAGCAAUAUUCAAGAACAGCAGUUGGGAUCUGGGCCUGCUCUAGGUUUGUUGACGGUUGGUCUGAAGGAUGGAUUUAUACCCCCUUUGACAGCUCUACAGAAGCUUCAUUCUGCAGCAACGCUGAGGGGAUUUUCCCUGCCACAAGGUCUGUCACCUCUUGAGGUACUCAAAAGUCGUCUUGGCUUAGGAACUUCUGAGGGCUCUAGUCCUGCAAACCACGACCAAAGAAAAUCACUUUCCCAGAGUCCACAACCAUCAUUAUUUCUCUUGCAGCCUAACCUCAGCACAAAUGAAAGCAAACAGAAACUGUCUUUAGAUGCCAAUUCUCACACCGCCAGUAAAGCAACCGAAACAGGAUGCCAAAACCCGUCACACAAAUCUCCUUUGCCAGAUGGUAGACCCAGACUUCCUAUGACUCCUCUGAGGAUUAUACCUUUGGAUAUUGACUGCAGUUUUCAGGUACAUCAGAUUAUGAGAACGUCACUAGGCGCAGCCCAGCUCAGUUGUUUUACCAAAAAAUUGUCUGAGGCACUUGCUCAGGAUCUGAGUAAAGGUCAGUGUGCUGGUGAAGCUGUCUCUGUUUCCCAAGAACAGACAUUACCACUCAAUUUGAGUAAGAAGUCUCCAUUGAAGAGGCCAGUAGAUGGAACUGAGCCUCGUCCCUCUUCAGCUUAUAGUUCUGGCACCAAUUUCACAUCUUGUGUUCAUCCAUUGCAUACUUCACAGCCUUACCAGGGUAGCGCCAGUAAAAAGUCUAAGAAAGAAAUUACCCAGGAUGAUCAAGAACCUAUAAGACCAAAUGGGAGACUAGUGCCACCAUCAACAAACAUUCCUGAUGCUGAUGAGCAGCCAGCAGAUUUAACUUGUCCCAACAGAGUCCGAGCAGCCAUUCAAGAAGAAAAAAUGAUGAAGUCAAGUAUGGAAUGUGUGGCAAAGACAACCCCUGAUAGACCUAUACUUAAUUUAUCUCAAAGCGCACAUUCUCACUCAAAGGGCUCAGAGGCAACAGUGAUGGACAUGCCUUCAAAAUCUUUUAAAUUUGGAUUAGUAGCAGAUGGGACUCAUGAAAAGGUCUCCUGGGUAGAUUCUAGUAAAUUAUGUACUAUGCGACAUUAUUCCAGUAGACCAUCGCAUGCUCAAGGAAAGGUGAUAACUGUCCCAGAAGAGAAGCAGAUGCUGAUUGAUGACCACGGGGGCCCUGCUGUAUAUCCCUUGUACUGCUUUAGAGCAAGACACGUUCCGUUAAAUGAGCUGGAUGGAGACCACAGCAGUCCGCGAGCUUCUGCAAUUGUGUCUAUGCCUGGAACCUCACCUGGAAUCCUGCAUGCUCAGAAACCAUGGACUGUCCCUCCACAUGGUCAUUAAUUUGCAAAGCCUUCUAAAAUCAUUUUUAAGUGUUUCAUGCUUGUGCCUGUGGAUGCAAAGAACUGUUCUUUGGAGCACUGUGUUGGCCAAGAAGUGCUAGUGCAUCUGCCGAAGCAAAAGAUAUUUAGUUGAUUUUGAUGAGAACACAAGCUAGUAAUCGGGAAGAAUUGGCUGGUAGGAGUGAUUUCUGCGUUGAGUACCAGAAUCACAUUUUUUUAAUUCACAUAUGGUAUUUGUUUUAUUACUAACUGUAUUAAAAUCUUCUCUAUCCAACACCAAUUGGAUUGGACAAAUGAUGCAUAUUACAUGAUAACUGUACAUGAUUUUAAGGCUGGAUGACUCAAAAACUAUUCUGUGCACUACGUCAAGAGCCCAUGUUGGCAGUAAUGACAGAUGGUAAGAAGACGACCCUUACUGCCCACCUGGAGGACGGCAUUAUCCUUGGACAAGAUCAGGCCCCUGAUUUCUGCUGUGGGUAAAGAUCUCAUGUGGACCCACCGAAUUAUUGUAGGCAGUGGGAGGUUAAAGCCGCUUACGUUAAUAAUUGUAUGCAAGCAGGUAGUAGUGCAGGGGAAAACGCGCAUCAUCUGCCUAAAAAAUAAAAGUGUACAGGGUGAAACAAACCCUGUAGUUGAGAAAGCUGGCCAUGGUUCCAAUACAAAGUCAAAAAUUGUAGGACAGAACACUAGAAAAAUUACUCCAAAACCAAGAGCUGAAGCAAAUGUGGUGCUGGCUGAAACAGUCCUGCCGACUAUCGCAGCUCUGGCGGUGCUUUAGAAAAGACUGAAUUACGGUUGUGCGAUUAGAGGACGCGUUUCUUUAAUUAAAUAUUUAAGAAUGUUUAAACCAGAAUUAGUCAGCUUUUUUUGUUCCAAUAAUUUUUUACUUCUGAAUGUGUGUCGAAAAAAAAUGUGUGUAUGUAUAUAUUUUAUGCUAACUCUGCCCCCACUUUCCAAGGGCUGUUCAAAUGAUAUACUGUAUAUUAACUGCAAGCGGGAGGCAUACCUCAUGUCAUUUUUGCAUUUAUUUUUAUAUAUUCUUGAUGAGUAGUUUUACGUAAAAGCCGUACUAACUGACUGAUGUGGCUGGCACUUCGUUGGCAGCGAUUUCCAGCCCUAGUAAAGGAAAGCAGUCUUUGGCAUCUGCACAGGGCUGUUUUGUUUUUUUUUACUCCAAAUUGCCCAGUUCUUAAUGCUGAAUUUUAUACACCUAUGCUGAUUAAGUUACGUCUUAAAAAUUGUUUUUACAAAGUUUGAAAUAUUUUAGAUUUUGAAAAUU